AUGAUUGCUGACAUUGUCAGGGCAAAGGAAGAAGUAGAAGAGAGAAAACUUGCUGAGCAACGACAAAUUGAACAAGCUCUCCAAAAGAAAAAAGAAGAAGAACGAAUUAAACAAGAAGAAUUAAGGAAAGAACUGGCAAAAGUCAAAGUUCCAGUAACUAAUAGAAAAAAUCAUUUUUCUAAUAGAAUGCAAUCGAGAAAGGAGCAAUUUUUGAAUCAAUCGGAAGAUAAGGAGAAUUGUUCCCCUCAACAAGUUGAAACAAAUCAACCAACAGUUUCGAAAAAUGUUCAAAGUCUCGAUGUUAUGGAAACCAUUUCGAAUAAGGUUGUUCUAAGAGAAAGACCAAGAAGAAAUACAACACCAAUCAUGAUGAGACCACAAGCUCUAUUAGAUAAUUCUAUACCUGCAUCUCCUCGUUCAUUAUUCCCUCGCCAAACACAACAAGUUUCAUAA